AUGUCUGAGAAAAGUCAGGGAUUUGGUAGUGUAGAAGAGUUCACAUUUAGGAAGCAUGUCAGGUUUGAUGUUCAGUUUCGACUCAGACAGAUAGUUGAUGCACCUCCAAGUGAAAAAGAAAAUCUGUUAAAGGAACUGGAGGCAUUUGCUUUCAGAGGAAUACCAGAAUUAUGUGAUGGGAAAAUCAAAGGCUUAAUGACGCCAUCUUCAAAUCCUGAUGGAGAAGAUUUAGAAGAAAAAAUGUUAGCACAGAGAACUAAACAGAAAGAAUUAAUAACGCAACUUAAAAAUCAGUUGGAAGACCUUGAGAAAUAUGCGUAUGAAACAGGUGAAGCAGGAUUACCACAAAGUGUUGUCAUGGAAAGACAGAGGGUGAUAAUAGAUCAGCUAAAAGGAAAAAUCAACUUAAAUGUAGAUGACAUGGAUAAAUUGACAGUGGAUGAUCUUCGAAGUCAAGUUGAUUAUGCAAUAAGCCAGCUGGUUAACCCAUUGAAGAUGAAAGAACACUUGGUAACUCAGCUGAAAACUCAAAUUUCUGAUUUGGAACGAUUCAUAGAAUUUUUGCAAGGUGAUGGAACGACAGAAAGAAGUAUGAAACACAAGGAAUGUACGUGCAACUGCCCUGUCCAUGGUGGGUUAUCAUCUCUGACAAGAAGGAAAUUUCAAAACAAAAAUGAGGAUGAGAUUCGAGCAGAAACUAUAAACAUAAUGAAGAAAGCAGCUACAAUGUUGCAGAUAUUUGCUGUUGCGCAGUUUGGCUGUGGUAGUGAUCACUUCAAAAAGAACACUUUAAAGAAAACAAUGAAAGCAAAUCACUGGGGAGAUCUACGAGCAAAUCUUGAAUUAGCAGUGGAGUGUGUAAUAGAACUAGCUUCAAACCCUGAGAAUACAUUGGACUCUGAUUACACUUCAGACUCUGAAGAUGCUCCUGUUGUACUCUGUAAUGUUAAGCUCACGUCUGCAGUAAGGAAGCAGUUGGCUCUCAGUAUUCGUGAUUUGAUGCAGCAUGGGUUAAUGCCUGUUGGUCAGAGUGUUAGCGUUGUUCCAUUUAUUGGUUGCUUUCCACAAAUGAAUACAUCUGGCAAAGGAAUGCAUGCCUGGGAACUGAUUUUGAAGUAUUAUGAAUUGAAGAAUGGAGAGCGGUAUAAUUCCACACCAGCUAGAAAGUUAUCACAAAGUUUUAAUUUGGAUAUUGUAGGUGGGACAGCUAUUUCAAAUAAACAGAAUUUGCUGGGUGUCAUAGGAAAUAUAAUCACUACACACACACAGUACAAGAGGAGUUAUGAUUCACAUUUUAAAGCCUUCAUUUGUGCAGCAUUGAAUUCCAAAAAGUUGGUUCCAUGGCUACGUUUAAUAUUUAGAUGCCUCUCACUACUGGAACUCUACUAUCAGUCUUGGAGUUAUGUUGCUAAAACAGGUUUUGAAGAUAGUUUCCGUAGUUUGGAAAGAUUAUCACAGUGCAAAUUUGAAUUGCCUGUGGAUCUGGCAAUCCGUCAAUUUCAAAACAUCAAAGAUGCAUUUUAGCAUUCUGCAGCAUCUAGACAUGUCUGAUGCAUACAAUGUAGUACUACUGCCUAAUAACCAGCAUACAGAAAUCAACUUACCCCAGCAUGAACUGAUGUGAAUGUAGAAUGAUUCUGGUAUCUUAUUUUUUUAAAUUUGGUUUAAUCAGGUGCAUUAAGUUUCUGAUCAACAAAUAAAAUUAAUGGUAAGUUUCAUGUAUGCAAUAUUCUGUAUUAGCAACAAAAUUAUUUAGUAAUUUUAAUUAAAUAUUGUGAUGAUUCAGAGGAGUGAACAGACUGAAGUAUCUCAGUAUGUUCUGCUCACAUAACGUCCUUACCUUUUCAUGGAACAUCCUGUUUGAAGUGAUGAGGUUCUCUUGACUGAGUCUCAGUGCAGCAAGUGUCAUCGUGUGACUUCUGGAUGAAAUGGUAGCACACAAAGCCAGUUUUGUGGUUUGAACUUAAUAUUACCCAAUGCUGGUCAACAGCCUACUAGACUGAUCAUAAUAAGAAUGUCUUAAGCUUGAUAGAAUUAAACAGUAGUUUUAUAAACAUUGUGACCCUUGCAGCUUAAUAUAUAUAAAUAAAUUCGGUUUAACAAUAGGUAUUUUAGCAAAAUAAAACAUAUUGCAGUAUUGUCGCCAUAUGAGAAUCCAGUACAUUCAGUUCUAUAAUGAAGAAGAAACAAGUAAAUGAAUUUACUUCAAUAAAAGAUAUCUUAAUUCCAUUG